AUGGGCUCCGACGCCUGGGUGGGCCCGUGGCGGCCACACCGGCCCCGAGGCCCCAUCGCCGCGCUCUACAGAGGCCCGGGGCCCAAGUACCAGCUGCCGCCCAACACCGGCUACGUCCUGCAUGACCCGUCGCGCCGGCGCGCGCCCGCCUUCACCUUCGGCGCGCGCCUCCCGGCGCAGACGACCUCGUGCAGCCCCGGCCCCAGUCACCUGGUGCCGUCGCGCAUGACCGUGCGCGGGCCCGACGGCACCCCCGCCUACUCCAUCUACGGCCGCCUGCGGCACUCGGCGCCCUUCCGCACUCCGGGACCGGGCAGGUACUUCCCCGAACGAGCGGGAAACGCGGCGUACCCCAGCGCACCACGGCACACCAUCGCUUCCCGGAACUGGGGCGCCCACACGAAGCAGCAGACCCCAGGCCCCGGGACCUACAGCGUGCCGCCGCUGCUGGGCGCGCGCGUCGUCGGCAAGACGUCGGCGCCCACCUAUUCCCUGUACGGCCGCAGCGCGGUGGGCAGCUGCUUCGAGGACCUCAGCAAGACCCCGGGCCCGUGCGCCUACCACGUGGUGAGCCCCGCCGUCUACAAGGCCCGCGCUCCCCAGUUCACCAUGCUGGCGCGCACCUCGCUGCCCCAGGACAGCACCAUGAAGCCGGGGCCCGCCGCCUACAACGUGGACCAGCACCGGAGGACUCACGGCUGGAGCUUUGGGAUUCGGCACUCGGAGUACCUGGCCCCUUUGGUGACCGACGUGGACUGAAAACCCGCGGGGCGGGCGGGGGAGCCGGGGAGGCCCCACAGUCGUUUGCUUAAAGCUUCGGAGCCGACA